AUGGCUGACCACAACGGCGCCGAGGCUUCAGCGCCUGCCUCAGCCCAAGACAACAACCAUGUGUUCCAGUCCUUCCAAGAGUACAGAUGGGACCUAGACAAGGACUUCCUCGGAGGCCUCGUCCUUGCCCUCGGCGGCUACCAUGCCCUGGCACAGACGGCGUCGCAGGCUGAUAUCGUCAUGCACUCGCGCAUAUUCUACUUCGCCCGCAUCAGCGGCACCACCAUCCCCUUCGCUGGCUACAGGGACUGGCUGCGAGCCGGCUUCCACGCCGGCCACCAGCCUCGUCUCUGGGAGUGGGACCUGCUGGAGGCGCUGUGCAACCACCGCGACAGGCUCGCCUCUGCCGGCGCCGGCGCCGCCUCUUUGGCCUCGAGGCGCGAGGAGGCUGCCGCUGAGAAGGCACGAUGGGUCCGGGCGCUCCUCGACGCCGACACGACGCCUCAGGCCCGGUCCGCAACGGGGGCUGGUAAUGAUGGCGGCGCUGGUGCGGGGGCAGCCGACGAGUCCACGCCAUCGUGGAUGGCUGCCGCGCCCAAGAGCGAGCUGUACGUCGACCGCACCCUUGCUGCCAACGCCGAGGACGGCGACGAUUCUUCCCCCGCCUACCCAGAGCGGUUCGCCGCAAUCAUCAAGGCCGUUCAGACGGGCGAGCCUGUCGAGGGCAUUGUCGAGAUCCCUGACAUAGUAGCAAGAAACCCGACUACGACUCCGUUUGGAUCGAUGGCCAGGCCACCAAAGCCCUGGGAGAAGGCCCAGCCAGAUGCGGGCACUGAGCUUCACGUUGGAGGGGAGCACGGUCUGGCCGCCCAGGUCGAUGAGAAGUUUCCAGACAGCGAAGCCGAGACGCCUGGAGGCCCUGCUUCAUGA